AUGUCUUCAGAAUCUGUGAUAUCAAAGAUGACUAAUAAUAAUUCAGUUAAACAGAAUGUUUGCAAGGUUGCUACUGUGGAUUUAUGUUACCAAAUGUCACAAGAGUUGGUUCCAAAUCAACCGUCCAAUAUACUGAAGGACACAGUUCUUGAAGAUAUUGCUUCUAGUGUCAUUAUAGACCAAUCUAAGUUUCGGGUUCGACAGAUCAGACAAAAUCUUUCUUUAAGAGGUCAUAGAGAUAGUGGUCCCUUGUAUUUAACGGAGCCUAAUGAAAAUGAUGGAAAUUUUCGUUCAUUGUUGAGAUGUCGUGCUAAUAGUGGUGAUUUAGCAUUAAAAACACAUUUAGAAACAUGUUCUAAAAAUGCUCCCUAUACGAGUCCAAUGAUUGCUAAUGAAAUAAUUUCAACAUGUGGGGACGUUAUUUUAAAACAAAUAGUCAGUAAAAUUAAUGAAGCAAAAUGUUUUUCGAUAUUAGCAGAUGAAACAUCUGAUAUUUCUGGUAUCGAACAAUUUUCUUUGAGUGCGAGAUAUUUUAAUAAUGGUCAAAUUAAUGAGGACUUUCUACUGUUUGUUCCGGUUACUGAUGUCACGGGAAAAGGCCUUGCUAGCACUCUGUUAGCUACGCUUGAUUUGAUCGGGAUAGAUCGCAAAUACAUGAUUGGCCAAGGGUAUGAUGGUGCUGCCGCUAUGAGUGAUGUAUUUCAUGGUGCUCACGUUUAUGUUCAAAAAAAAUGUCCACUAGCAAUAUAUGUACAUUGUGCAUCUCAUAGUUUAAAUCUUGCUAUUUCUGACGCGUGUAAUAUUACUUCAAUAAGAAACUGUUUAGGAAAGAAUAAUAUUCCAGAUACUUUUGAAAAUAACAUAACAGAUUUAGUACAAAAAUAUUCUCAAUUAUUACCAUCUUUUUCUUCUUUAGUAGUUAUUGCAGAACAUAGAUUAUGGUGGACUUCUCUACAAAAUUUUUCUAAAAUUCCAUCUAAUUUAUCAGAAUUACUAAAUAAUUUUGCAAAUAAAGGAUCUUAUGAUUUAAAAGCUGAUUUAGACACAACUAAACAUAAGUCAAGAAUAGCUAGUUCUGCGGUUUCAUCAUCUGUCAAUUUAGAUAAUUUUGUUAUUAAUAAAAAUACACCUGAAAUUUUGAAAGUUAGUGCAGUGGAGGGUACACUUGCAUUUCAUACUAGUAGUAUAUAA